GUCCUCGGUUUCUUUCCCCCCAAAACGGAUGCCAAAUAUUGAGCGAUCUGCUGCGGCGUGUGCGUGUAGUCUACUUAACUUGGGCAAGCCCUUUUCACUUGCUCUCCUGCUGAUCAUGAAUUCUCCGUUCAGUUAAAUAACUUGCGGAAAAUUCCAUUAUUCGUUCUCUUUUAUUCAAUCAUCAUCACUUUUAUCCUUUUCGUUUCCACUGAUGGAUUUUCCUCUUGCUUUUGCUGAAACCGUCAUUAACAACAGCGACGUCGACAGCGUUCAUACGUCACUGCUGAUUGAUGAGGAGCAGUUUCCACCGCUCCGCUCUUCAUCUAUCGGCGGAGAGUGGCAUCUAGUACGGAAGCAAGACACCACCGAUGAGUUUAAACAUCACAUGGUGCCCGUUCAAGAAUGGGUCCGCGUAGAUUACGACAAGAGUGUGUCGACCGAGAAACCUCUUUAUGCCAAAGUCGCUGAAGCCGCCCAAUCCAUACCCGCACCCGAAGGUCGAAAGCCAGUCGUGCUACCACGAAGUUCUCAGCGCAAGAAGCAUACAACGGUGUCACAACGGUACGAAGCUUGCAUGGAUGCCGACUACAACUCCGAGCUACAAGAAGAACUCCGCAAUAUUCGCAAGUCGCCGCAAUAUCGAAGUCGUCGUAAUCGCGCCAUCAAGUAUCGGCAGCAAUACAGACUGAUACAGGCCGUCAGCGAGUUCAUAGCUGAGCCAGUUACAUUAGAAGAAGUGCCGCAAGAAACACCGCAAUCGCAUCAGAAUCCAACCAAAACCAGUAUGGAGAAAUACAUGGCCUUCGCACGGACAUUUAAGCCACGAAAGAGCACCCGGAAGCCUAAACGAUCGCUUUCGAAAGAGUACUUCAUGACCUUUCAUGGAUUAACGGGACGAUGAUCUUGCGGCUGUACCAAAGUAAAAAGUCGUGCUAUAUUUCCCCCCCCCCCCUUACAUUAGUCUUCCUUUUUCAGCAAGUCCCUUGCCUUCCCGUUUUAGGCGUUCUGAUGAAGUAUGAGGAACGCCUUUUGAAAUUGGGCUAUUUGUAUGACGCAAGAGAGGUGCUGGAAAAAAUAGAGUAAUAAAAAAACGACGUAGUGUUCGCAUCGAAUUACACUCUAAAAAAGGGCCUUAUACAAUAUCCCAUGAUCCAUUGCCAACAUUUUAUGCAGUAAAUUUCGC